AUGACCAGAAUCAGUCCAGACGCAAUGGUCCACCAGCUCAAGGCAGAUCUAGAUCACCCACCAGUGAAGCAGAGGAGGAGGAAAUUCGCACCUGAGCGAAACCGGAUCGUCAAUGAAGAGAUUGAAAAGCUCCUAAGCAAUGGCAUGUCCAAGAAGUUUGACUGGAACCCCUCCUGCGAAGAAGCCCUACAACAGCUGAAGAGGUAUCUGACCACACCUCCGCUUCUUUCCAAACCGGUGGACGUGGAAAAGCUCUAUUCUUACCUAGCGGUCUCAGAGACAGCUAUCUCAGCAGUGCUAGUUCGGGAAGAAGAAUCAAAGCAGUUACCGGUCUACUAUGUGAGCAAGUCGUUCCUCGACGCAGAAACUCGGUACAGUCAACUGGAGAAACUAGUCCUCGCCCUCAUCCAUGCAUCCAAGAAGCUCAGGCCGUACUUUCAAUGCCACUCCAUUGUUGUAAUCACCUCCUUCCCACUCAAGAAGAUACUGCACAAACCAGAACUAUCAGGUCGACUCAUGCAAUGGACAAUAGAGCUCAGUGAGUUCGACAUAGUUUACCAAUCCCGCACUGCCAUCAAGUCCUGGGCACUAGCAGACUUUAUUGCCGACUUCACGCCAAGCGCCACCACCCAGGCCGAAAGAGAGCUACUAUGCAUGAACAUCGCACCACCAUCAAAGUGGACUCUCCUAGUAGAUGGAUCGAGUAAUGUCAAUGGAAACGGACUCGGAAUAGUACUGAUCGCACCAGAGGGAGACAUCGUCCAGCGAGCAAUCCGGUGUGGGUUCAAGUGUACGAAUAACAAGGCCGAAUAUGAAGCCCUCCUAGCUGGACUUAACUUGGCCAGAGAAAUUGGAGCCAAGAGACUAGAAGUAAAGUCCGAUUCUCAACUCGUAGUCAAUCAACUACAAGGCACGUAUCAGGCACGUGAUUCAAAGAUGACAUCCUAUUUGAGCAUGGUCAAAGAGCUGCAGGCCCAAUUCGAAGAGUUCUCCAUCGUACAGAUCCCCAGAGCUGAGAACUACCAUGCCGACGCCCUCGCCAACCUUGGCUCGGCACUCCCAUGUUACUCUCAGUCAUCCAUUCCUCUCUUAUUCAUGCAGUGGCCAGCCAACUGGAAGGAACAACCACCGAACAAGUCUCCCGUAGAAGCCAUGGGCAUUGAACAAGCCGACUGUUGGAUGACUCCAGUAGUAAGAUACUUAGAAAAUGAUGAACUCCCAGCUGACAAGAACGAAGCACGCCGACUGAAAGCAAGCGCCGCCAGAUUCACCAUACAUGAGGGCCAACUCCUCAGAAAGUCAUUCUCAGGCCCUUAUCUCAAAUGCAUAAGCCCAGAAGAAGCCCAGAGCGUUCUAGCCGAACUCCAUAAAGGCGAAUGCGGGAACCAUACAGGGGGCCGCAGUCUUGCACACCGAGUGAUCACUGCUGGAUAUUACUGGCCGACCAUACGCACCGAUUCGACCGCUUACGUGAAGAAGUGCGACAGCUGUCAGAGGAGAUUGUCACCGAUAAUGGAUCCCAGUUCAUUAGCUCAGGCUUCAGAGAUUAUUGUGACAACUGGGGAAUCAAACUGA